UCCAAAAAAAUUAAUAAUGCACCACAAUUAGUGUAAUUAAUCUGUUAAAAGCAGUAAUGACUUCAUCUGAAGUAUUCCACUGUGCAAGUCGUUUAAGGAAAUAUUGCAAAUUUUGUGUUUCUCCCAUAAUAAAAUAUUGUUUUACAAAAAGAGCAUAAAAAAACACAAUAAUUGAAAACCUAUAUCUAUGGAUAGGUCUGAAGCUGCGAGCAGCGUUGAACGGGCCCUCGCCCCCCUUGGACCUUGGGGUUCACGUCCUUCCCCAUGCCCGGACCCACCACCAAACAUUUCAGGACGAUGGGAACAUGUGACAGGAAGUUAAAGCUGCUAGGCUCCACCCACAACGAGUAGAUGGGAACAGUGGACCUGGACUGACCUGUGAUCAGACCUAGGACACAAACUUCCGCUCCAACAUUCCAUCAGACAUGAGUCGAGGCAAGCGUCCCGGGAUCAAGGGCCUGGUGUCCGGCUCCCAGGAGCGCCGUCGUUUCAAGGGCGACCUGUCCGUGGACAUGAUCAGCCCGCCCAUGGGCGACUUCCGCCACACCAUGCACGUGGGCCGCGGCGGAGACGUGUUUGGAGACACUUCCUUCCUGAGCAACUACGGCGGCGCCAAGGAACCGGGCAGCCCGGACUCGGCACACAGCUCCAAAUCCAACGGCUUUUUCACGCGCACUUUCAGGCACAUACGGAAGAAUUCCGGGCCGCGGGGAGAAGCGCGGGACUUCUCGUCGCCGCCGCCAGACAUCUCGCCCAUCAUCAAGAACGCCAUCUCUCUGCCUCAACUCAACCUGGAUUCUCCAAACGGAUCCCUGCAGAGGCUCACCAUCCCAAACUCCAUCAGCUCAACAGAUGGCUCCAUCUGCACGUAUGGUCUCCAGUCCGGAUUUGUCACGCUGCCGCGCUUCUCUCGCCCGGACAAAGCCUUCCCAGACGGAGACGUACUCAGAAGAUCCGUGCGCGAGCACCGUGGCAAAGCCCCAACCCGCUCGGACUCCCUGACCUCCUUCAGCCUGGACCUGGGCCCCUCCCUGAUGACUGAGGUCCUAGGCUUGUUGGACCAGCGGACCGCAGGUGAGGAAGAGGACGGCAGCUCCACAACAGAGACUUUUGUCAGCCCCGGGGCCAGCUCCACAAACUCCCCGAGAAGGAACGCCAAGGGUCAGGAGGACCCCCGCAGCACCAGCUGGACCCAGGAGGACAGGUCUCAGGAGGAUCCUCGCAGCACCAGCUGGACCCAGGAGGACAGGUCUCAGGAGGACCCUCGUAGCACCAGCUGGACCCAGGAGGAGGACAGGUCUCCUCACACGUCUCCUGCCAGGGCGGAACCCGCCAUGGAGUCGGAGCGCUUCCAGAAGGCGGCGGACGUUCUGUCUCGACAUUACGGGGGAGGCGCCGUCAAGAGGAGCUUUUCCAAAACGUCCUACACCUUCUCGGAAGAAGAGGAGGAAAUCAAAGUGUAGAUGAGGACAAUGAAAGUGUGGGAGUUAUUGAACACCUAGUUGGAGAUGGAAUGUUGUCACUUUGCAUACUCACUUGGAAUUAUGACCUGGGCUGUCAAACCUCAUGAUCAACUCAUCACUUGGAAUGAAUCACACAACUUCAACUGUUUGGAGGAAAUAAAUACAGCAGUGAAGUUGUCACCUUGUGUAAAUGGUCAAUAAAAACAGAACACAAUGAUUUGCAAAUUAUUUUUCAAUUGAAUAGACUGCAAAGACAAGAUAUUUAACGUUCACACUGACAAACUUUGUUAUUUUUUGCAAAUAUUAGCUCAUUUGGAAUUUGAUGCCUGCAACAUGUUUCAAAAAAGCUGGCACAAGUGGCAAAAAAGAGUGAGAAAGUUGAGGAAUGCUCAUCAAAGACUUAUUUGGAACAUCCCACAGGUGAACAGGCUAAUUGGGAACAGGUGGGUGCCAUGAUUGGGUAUAAAAGUAGAUUCCCUGAAAUGCUCAGUCAUUCACAAACAAGGACGGGGCGAGGGUCACCACUUUGUCAACAAAUGCCUGAGCAAAUUGUUUAAGAACAACAUUUCUCAACAAAGAAUUUAGGGAUUUCACCAUCUACGCUCCGUAAUAUCAUCAAAGGGUUCAGAGAAUCUGGAGAAAUCACUGCACGUAAGCCAUGAUAUUACGCACCUUGGAUCCCUCAGGUGGUACUGCAUCAAAAAGCCACAUCGGUGUGUAAAGGAUAUCACCACAUGGGCUCAGGAACACUUCAGAAACCCACUGUCAGUAACUACAGCUGGUCGCUACAUCUGUAAGUGCAAGUUAAAACUGUACUACGCAAAGCCAAAGCCAUUUAUCAACAACACCCAGAAAGCCACAGGCUUCGCUGGGCCUGAGCUCAUCUAAGAUGGACUGAUGCAAAGUGGAAAAGUGUUCUGUGGUCUGACGAGUCCACAUUCCAAAUUGUUUUUGGAAACUGUGGACGUCAUGUCCUCCGGAUCAAAGAGGAAAAGAACCAUCCGGACUGUUCUAGGGUGAAAGUGUAAAAGGCAGCAUGUGUGAUGGUAUGGGGGUGUAUUAGUGGCCAAGACAUGGGUAACUUACACAUCUGUGAAGGCACCAUUAAUGCUGAAAGGUACAUACAGCUUUUGGAGCAACAUAUGUUGCCAUCCAAGCAACGUUACCAUGGACGCCCCUGCUUAUUUCAGCAAGACAAUGCCAAGCCACGUGUUACAACAGCGUGGCUUCAUAGUAAAAGAGUGCGGGUACUAGACUGGCCUGCCUGUAGUCCAGACCUGUUUCCCAUUGAAAAUGUGAAGGCUAAAAUAUGAGAAGGGAGACUGUUGAACAACUUAAGCUGUACAUCAAGCGAGAAUGGGAAAGAAUUCCACUUCAAAAAUGUGUCUCCUCAGUUCCCAAACCUUUACUGAGUGUUGUUAAAAGGAAAGGCCAUGUAACACACUGGUAAAAAUUAAAAAUUAAAUUUUAAGUUCAUGAUGAUUUGCAAAGAAGAAGAAAGUUUGUCAGUGUGAACAUGAAAUAUCUUGUCUUUGCAGUCUAUUCAAUUGAAUAUAAGUUGAAAAGGAUUUGUUGUAUUCUCUUUUUAUUGACCAUUUACACAACCUGACAACUUUACUGCUUUUGGCUUUUGGACAUCCAAACAUGAAAUUGAAAUAUAAAUGUUACAGAAAAUGUAAAAGUUUGAGCAGGGAUUAUAUUACUUUAGUACAAACUGUUCCCAAGUUUUGAGCAUAUAAAGAAGUGCAUUUAAGAAAAACAUUUUUUAAUAUAAUAUUUUAUGACAUUCUGUCAAUAAAAUUGCUGUGUGGAAAAAACUUUGAAGUUCAUUUAAAAUAUGCAAACAAUUUAUUGUGAUUAAAAAUGAAAUCUUCCUUUUCUAGCUGAAAUAUUUUGUAUAUUUAGCUAAUUUGUAUUAUAUUUAGCUCGUUUUUUUCACAUUUGAGUAGAAAUUAAAUGGUAAAUUUGUAUUUAUUUUGUAUGUAUUUAUUUGAAAACACAAAAAAACAAAAACAAUGUCAAGCAAAACAUGUGUGGGAAAGCCCCAGCUCACAAUUAUUAAAACCUAAAUGUCAAAUCUAAAUGUUAAAUCUAUAUAUUGAAUGUCAAAUCUAAAUAUAGAAUGUUAAAUCUACAUUUAAAUUACAAAUGUUCAAUCUACAUUUUGAAUAAAGUCAAAUCUCAAUGUUAAAUCUACAUUCAAAUAAACAAUGUUAACUCUACAUUUUAAAUAAAUGUUGAAUCUAAAUUUAAAUAAAUGUUGAAUCUAAAUUUUAAAUGUUAAAUCUAAAUUUUAAAUGUUAAAUCUAAAUGUAUAUAAAUGUUGAAUCUAAAUGUUAAAUCUACAUUCAUAUAAAACAUUUAAAAUCUAAUCCAAACAUGAAAUGGGAAAUAUAAAUGUUACAGAAAAUGUAAAAAGUUUGGUACUUAAGUCCAAACUGUUACCAAGUUUUUGAGAGUAUAAACAAGUGCAUUCCAGAUGUAUUUUUCUUUUUAUGACAUUCAGUCUGUAAAAUUACUGUGUGGAAAAACCUUUAAGUCAAUUUCAAAUAUGCAAGCAAUUUAAAAAUGAAAUCUCACUUUUCUAGCUAAAAUAUUUUGUGUACUUAGCUCAUUUUUCUUCACAUUUGAGUAGAAAUUAAAUGGUACAUGUGUGUUUAUUUUGUAUGUAUUUAUUUGAAAAGGCAAAAAACAACAACAAUGUAGGCAAAACAAGUGCGGGAAAAGAUGAGAAGGCCCCAGGUCACAAUUAUUAAAACCUAAAUGUCAAAUCUAAAUAUUGAAUGUAAAACCAAAAACAUAAUGUUAAAUCUAAAUUUAAAUAAUACAUGUUAAAUCUCAAAUGCUAAAUAAUACAUGAUAAAUCUACAUUUUGAAUAAGGUAAAAUCUCAAUGUUAAAUCUAAAUUUAAAUAAAUGUCAAAUGUAAAUUUGAAAUGUUAAAUCUAAAUGUUAAUUCUAAAUGUAUAUAAAUGUUGAAUCUAAAUGUUCAAUCUGCAUUCAAAUAAUAAAUGUUCAAUCUAAAUUAAAUCUAAAUACUGAAUGGUAAAUCCAAAUGUUCAUUGUUAAAUAUAAAUGUUAAAUCUAAAUAUGGAAUGUCAAAUUUUAAAUCCAUUUCUUAAAGCUAAAUGAUUAAAAACUCAUUUUAAAGCCCAAUCCAAAUGUUAAAUUGAAAUGUUAAAUCUAAAUGUUUGAGCAAAAUGUAUGGCACUUUGGUUUCCAAAAUAAAUGUGCUUGUUAAAAGGCUUUUCAAAAUGUUGGUCUAAGACAGGGGUCGGCAGCCCAAAAUGUUGAAAGAGCCAUAUUGGACCAAAAAUACAAAAACAAAUCUGUCUGGAGCUGCAAAAAAAUGAAAAGCCAUAUUACAUACAGAUAGUGUGUCAUGAGAUAUAAAUUGAAUUAAGAGGACUUAAAGGAAACUAAAUGAGCUCAAAUAUAGCUACAAAUGAGGCAUAAUGAUGCAAUAU